AUGAAUCUCUUCUCUUCCAUAUUCAGCUAUUUGCUACUGCACUUGUUUGCUUUCUGCUUGCAGGCACAGGUAACUGUUCAGUCCCCACCUAAUUUUACACAGCAUGUGAGGGAGCAGAGCCUGGUGACCGACCAACUAAGCCGGAGACUCGUCCGGACCUAUCAGCUAUACAGUCGAACCAGCGGGAAGCAUGUUCAAAUCCUGGACAACAAGAAAAUCAAUGCUAUGGCAGAAGAUGGAGAUGCUCAUGCUAAGCUCAUUGUGGAGACUGAUACUUUUGGGAGCAGAGUAAGAAUCAAGGGAGCAGAGACAGGCUUCUAUAUUUGCAUGAACAAAAAAGGAAAGCUGAUUGGCAAGAGCAAUGGCAAAGGCAAGGAUUGCGUCUUCACUGAGAUUGUGCUGGAGAACAACUACACAGCAUUACAAAAUGCAAAAUACGAAGGAUGGUACAUGGCCUUCACCAGGAAGGGACGUCCCCGCAAAGGCUCCAAGACUCGUCAGCAUCAACGUGAGGUGCACUUCAUGAAGCGGCUGCCCAAAGGCCACCAAACAACAGAGCCUCAUAGACGCUUUGAAUUUCUCAAUUAUCCUUUCAAUCGAAGGAGCAAAAGGACUCGAAACUCCAGCCCAAAGCCAUCACCCUGA